AUGCAGAUUGACCGGGUACCAGAGGCGCUUGCCGACAUUGACACGGCCGUCGAGGCCAUCGGUGCCGACUUUUGGCCUGUCAACGAGCACAUCCAUGACAACCCCGAGCUCGCCUGGCACGAAUUCAUCGCUCACGACGCCCUCACGGCUUUCAUGGAGACGCAGCCGGGAUGGAAAGUCAAGAGAUCUGUUUAUGGCUUGAAGACUGCAUGGAUUGCAGAGUAUGAUAGUGGCGUCCCUGGCCCAGUCGUGUCAUUCAAUGCCGAAUACGACAGCUUGCCAGGAAUCGGACACGCAUGUGGCCACAACCUCAUCGCAACGUCUUCGGUUGUCGGCGCCUCUGCGGCUGCCCAGAUCGUUACGGCUAGGAAGCUGCCUGGCAAAAUCGUCCUCUAUGGCACACCCGCCGAAGAGAAUGGCGGCGGCAAGGUCAAACUCCUUGAGGCCGGCGCCUACGAGGACUACAAUGUCGAUCUGAGCCUCAUCUCGCACCCCAGUAUCGGGCCCACGUCGGCGCGCCUGGGCACGACGGCCAUUUCCACCUUCACGGUCGAGUAUUUCGGCGUCGCCGCGCAUGCCGCCGCGAACCCGUGGCUCGGCAUCAACGCCCUCGACGCCCUUGUUCAGGGCUACAACAACUUUUCCAUGCUGCGCCAGCAGACCGUCCCUGGCGAGAUCAUUCAAGGUUACAUUUCCCACGGCGGCGACGCGACCAACAUUAUCCACAAGUACGCGGCCGGCGAGUUCACCGUGCGCGCCGAUUCGGCGUCGCGGCUCAAGACGCUGCGCGCGCAGGUCGUCCGCUGCUUCGAAGCCGGCGCGCUCGCGACGGGCGCAAGGCUGCAGCUCACGCACCUCGGCGCCUACAAGGAUAACCUCUCCAACGGGCCCAUGGCCGAUGCGUUUACGCGCUAUUACAAUGCGCUCGGCGGAAGCAAGGACGACACGAUUGCGACUGACCCGGACAAGGACGCCGCCAACGGCAAGACGCAGGCCAGCACCGACCAGGGCGACGUCUCGUAUGCCAUGCCGUCCAUCAGCCCCAUAUACCAGAUCGAGGGCAGCCAGGGCCCGCACACGCCGGGCUUUGCAAAAUCGGCGGGCACCAGGGCGGCGUAUGCCCGCGCUCUGCGGGUGGCCAAGGGUCUCGCUGGCGUGGCUGUGGAGGCGCUCCGCGACCAACACUUCCUGGCCGACAUCAAGAGCUCUUGGGAGCAGGAUAGGAAGAAGUCCGCAGAAGCCGUGGCUUAUAAUUAG